AUGGCGUUGCGUUGGGAGAGACAAGCGCUGGGUGAUGGAGCAGCUGCUGCCGGGCCUGGCGCAGAGGGGGCCUCCCUUCCUGCGUCUGUCUGCGGCACCCGCCACACCCUGUGUGUGGUGAGUCGUCACUACCUGCGCAGUAACUGGUGUUCCCUGGAGCUGCGACUGGCCACCCACAGCAGACAGUCUUCCUGGAGGACAUCCCACUUUGCCAGCUGUAUGCCUACCACCGGCUGACCAGACUGGUCAAGACCAGGACCUACCUGAACUGGCCCCAGGACCCAGGCCUGCAGCAAUAG